UUAGAUAGCAUAUCACAAGUUUCUGGUUCUCGUCUUGUCGCAAGAAAUGAAUAAAGCGAGGAGGAACAUCGAAUCACGCCCAGCGGAAAAAGCGUCCCCCGCGCGCUGUCGUUCUCUCUCUUCUUCCAGUCCUCCGAAGGAAAAAAAAAAAGAAAUCAAAAUAACUAAAUCCGAUUCGAUCAAAAGGAAGAGCAGAGCCCUGAUUAUUUCCUGUCUCCUUUCUCCAAUUGAUUGAAUUCGGGAGCGCGAUGCACGCCAAAUCAAAGAUUUCGGAUAUGCUCCCCAGAAGCUUCAAGGCGGCGAAGUGCAAGACGUCGCUGAAGCUUGCGGUGGCUCGAAUAAAGCUUUUGAAAAACAAGAGAGAGGUUUCAUUGAAGCAGAUGAGGCGGGAUUUGGCCCAGCUUCUGGAGUCCGGCCAGGAACAGACCGCUCGGAUCCGGGUUGAACAUGUGAUAAGGGAAGAGAAGAUAAUGUCAGCAUAUGAUCUCAUCGAGAUAUACUGUGAACUUAUUGUGGCACGCUUGCCAAUAAUCGAGUCACAAAAGAGCUGCCCCAUUGAUCUAAAAGAGGCCAUAGCUAGCAUUGUUUUUGCAUCUCUGAGAUGUGCAGACAUACCAGAGCUUAUGGAAAUUCGCAAGCAUUUUUUAGCAAAAUAUGGGAAAGAGUUCAUUACUGCAGCUCUUGAAGUUCGACCAGAAUGCGGUGUUAGCCGUAUGGUGGUUGAGAAACUGUCUGCAAGGGCACCUGAUGUUGAGACGAAAAUCAAGACCUUGACUGCAAUUGCCCAAGAACAUAACUGCAAAUGGGAUCCAAAAGCAUUUCAGGAGCAGAUUCAGAAGCCUAAUGAUGAUCUGCUGAAUGGCCCUACUACUUUUACCGGUGCUUACAAGAUGACAAUGGAAUUCCCUAGUAUCAAUCCAGGCCAAAAGAAUGAAUCAAUUAGGAACAUGUCUGACAAUGUUGUGACCAGCAAAUCAGACAAUUUCAAGACAAUGCCUCAUGAAAACACCAACACUUCUAGUACGUCAGUAUCUGUUACUAAUCAAUCUAGUCCAAGAACUUCAGAAAAUAGAUCUGGAGGGGAAGAAUUCAAAUUUUCAUAUUCUAAGAAAGGUAGUGCCUUAAGUCCGUCAAAUUGGCAUAUGGAAUUUAAGGAUGCAACUUCUGCCGCUCAGGCAGCUGCAGAAUCUGCAGAAAUGGCUAGCAUGGCUGCUAGAGCUGCUGCUGAACUUGCAAGCCAGGGCAGUAUUUCUAGACAAAAUUCUUCUGGGUCACAGAAAUCGAUUGUGCAUGGGAUCAGAGAUGUGCCUGGCAUGGUAAAAUGCUCGAGGCUGGAAGAUAAGAACCCUGUCAUGGAGUCUGUAACAAUGGAGGAGAGUGAAAGGAAAAGCUUCCAAGGAAUGAAACCAGAGAUACAUAAACCACAAGUGGUACAAGCUAACACUAUGAGAGAUGCUGACUACGUUUAUGAUGGCCAUGGAACUGUUGGCAAUAUAUCAUCGAGUAGAUCUCUGUCUCAUUCAAGCACCUCUUCAAUCAUUGAUGAUGUUUCAGAGGUCGAUCUUCAAAAAGUUGAUACAGAAUCAUACAGUUAUACUCCAAAAACGUUCUCAAAUGCAGAAUAUGCAGUUCAGCAUCAGAAGAGUGAGAAAGUUAAGCAUGCUGAUGUUGGUUCAGGGAAUGUAAAAGAAAGCAAAUCAACCUCUUUUCACCAUACUAAUGCUUCCGAUGGUGAUACCAUUUGGGAUAAUCCUGAUAAUACUUCAAUAUGUGAUUCCAAUGCUGCAGUCUUUGAUGACUAUGGUUCUGAUACUGAUGAUUAUUCAGUACUAGUGAGUAACAACAGAGAAAACUUGUUGGAUUCGUUUAUGCCACAACAGUCUAUGGAACCUUGGAGUCCUGAGCAGCAAAAAUGUGAAUCCCUGGUUACUAGUGCCAGAUCACCUUUUGUGACAGAACCCCGUCCCACAGAGUAUUCAGAAACAAUCACUAAAUGUACCCUUCCAACACAGUCCAAUGAUGAUAUGCCUCCAGCUUAUGACUCGGAUGGCCUCAGCUCUAUGGGUGAUGAUGAGAAAGACCGCUCCACAUGUACAGAAGUCAUGCAACCUAGCAAUUUGCUUCAUUUCCAGAGAGGCUCCACACAAGGCUUACCAUCAGCAGGAUCUAAUAACGAAACAACUUACUUUAAUGGGAAGAAAGAUGUUGAAGGAGCUAAAAUAGAUUCUCUCUUAUCUUUCCCUGGUUUUAAUGAGAAAAGCCAUGAAGAAGAACUGAGUUGUAAUAAAUAUUGGAAAAGUUCUGGUUUCAGUGAGCGCAGAAACCACCCAUCUCCGAGAUAUGAGAGGAACCUUGAUUCAGAUUCAUCAGUGAAUCAGGGUGAAACGAAGGACAAGUUUGGAAUGGCGUCAUCACAUUCUGGUAUUAAAGAUUCUGAACUUUCAGAUGAGAGCCAUAAAAGUGGGCAAGAACUGAACUCGGGAAGGUUAACUGGUGGAUUUAAAAACAGAGGUUAUCAUCGUCCACCUUAUGUAAGGAGCCCCUUGGUUGAUGCUUCACUCCCAUCAAAGCAAGCGUCAGAUGCUUCACUCCCAUCAAAGCACGCCUCAGAUGAUUCACCUUCUGCUACUAAGAAACCUGUUGUCUCCAAUGUGGAUGAUUCAUCCGCAAGCACUGAGGUCCCUGUUCUGACACGAUACAGGAAAGAUUACAAAGAGUCCAGCUUAAGAUUCCCCAUAACAGAUUUCAAUCCAAAUAUCAAGGAACAGGAACACCAUAUUGUCGGAAAUAGACAUCUCAGAGAUAGUUCUUCCACUCCACCAGAACAAGCCCCAGAUGUUUCACCCAUUAUUGAGGAAUCAACGGUUUCCCACCCGAGCAAGUUAUUGUUAACUUCUAAUGUCCCCAAGCAGGAGAUGUAUGACCACAACGUGCUCAUGAAGGCAUAUACUGAAUCAAGCACCAGUGUGCCAAUGAACUACUUGGACAAUAACGAGGAAGAAGAUUCAGAGUCAUGCCAUUCUGUCGCAAGGAGAGGCAAAGCAGAUGCAAAGCCUUCUCGCUGGACAAGAUAUAUACCAUCAGAGAGUCAAAGAGGUAGUCUUUCCAGAACUAUUGAUCGACCUGAACUGACAGCCAUCUCAAAUAUAGAAUAUAAGGGCUCUCAAUCAAGUUCUUAUGCAGCUGAAUCUUUUUCCAACACAAGAAUCCAUGCGGGAAACUUGGUUGGAAAAGAGAGUUCUAGGUCUCUGCAACCAAAUUCAUCAGCUCAACAAUCUUCAGUGACACCUUUAAGGACUGAAUCUUCAACCGUCCAGGGAAGUCCGAAGACAUCGCAUCGUGACUCGGUACAAUCUGUAAUUCCAGAAAAUGAUGCAAACUUAAAGAUACCAAGUUCGAGCAGGGAAAAAACUUCACAUGGGAGCUCACAUAAAAAUGCUUCUCAUGUGCACCCAAAACUUCCCGACUAUGAGUCCAUCAUGGCUCAUUUUCAGUCACUUAGAUCGAAUCGAGCCUAACUGCAGGUUUUGCAUUUUCUUUCCCCUUUUUAUUGCACGUAUAUGGAGCUUGUGGCAAUAAAUAUGUGAUCCAUCUUUGAACUUAAAAUUUCACGGGUAUAUGUUUAAUAAUCUAGCAAAUGUAAGUUCAUACAAUUUUUCAGGAGUCAUUUGUGAUCGACUCUUGUGAUUUUAGCGAUAUAGAAAUAUUAUACAACACAUGAAUUUAGCUU